AUGAGUUCGAACAAUAUUGCAAAGAUCGGCUCCAAAAACAAACCUGACAAUGACAAGGUCCUAGAUCCUCAUGAAGAAGUCUUUGAACCUCAUGAGGAAGUUUCCGACGAUUCCGAAAUGACAGGAAAGGCCUCUCCUUUUGUAUAUACGCUCGUUGUCUGUGUAUGUAUUGGUGGUUUUUUGUUUGGCUAUGAUACCGGUGUCAUUUCGGGAGCUUUGACGCUUCUUCAACAAGAUUUUAAUAUGAGCAGUGUGCAAAAAGAGCUUGUCGUUGGUGGUACUACUUUUGGUGCUAUUUUCGGUGGUUUCUUUUCUGGUAUUAUUCUUGUUAUUGCGUCUUCCUUGAUUUUUAUUGCGGGUGCACUGAUUCUUGCCUUGGCUCGCAAUUAUGGUGUGCUCUUGUUUGGCAGAGUUGUUGUUGGUCUAGGUGUCGGUAUUGCUUCCAUGAUUGUUCCUGUCUAUGUUAGUGAAUUGUCUCCUAAAUACAUGAGAGGACGACUUAACACUUUAAACACACUUGUGUUAACAUUUGGCCAAGUUGUUGCUUAUGUCAUGAACAUUGCAUUUGCUUCUGUUCCUAAUGGCUGGCGUUACAUGUUUGGUAUUGCUGGUAUUCCAGCUCUCUUUCAAUUCAUCAUCAUGCCUUUCUUGCCUGAAUCUCCUCGUCGCUUGGUAGCUAUUGGCAAAAUGGAAGAAGCCAAGCGUGCUAUUCGUAAAGUCUAUGGUAAUUCUGUCACUGAUGUCUUUAUUGAACGCGAAGUAAAAAUGAUUGAUAAUGAUAUCCAUACCUGUCGCUCUGGCUCAUUUCGUGAUUUCGUACACAGGGACAACUUUAUGCCUUUGAUUAUUGCCUGUAUUUUGCAAGCCGCACAACAACUCUCAGGUUUUAAUGCAGCCAUGUAUUAUGCAGCUACUAUUCUUCAAAUGGCUGGGUUUAGAAGCAACGAAGGAUCUACAAGUGUGGCCAUUAUUGUUGCUGGAACAAACAUGGUGUUUACUGCUGUAGCUAUCUCUGUGAUUGAUAAAGUAGGACGUAGAAAAAUGCUCUUGUUUACCAUGAUUGUCAUGAUUGCAGGUCUGAUCGCGUUAGGUGCUACAUUUGCUGCUCAGCAAGGAUUUGUGACACAGCAAUCUACAUGCGCUGGAUACAUUACAAACUGUGCUCGCUGUGUCCUUGAUGACCGAUGUGGAUGGUCUAUCUCUCAAGAUACAUGUAUAGCCAAGACGAGUAACAGUCUCGCUGACAUUCUCAAUACAGCAUCAGGAUGUCCUAUUCAGCCUCGCGAUAAAGCAAUCACUGGUGUUCUGUUGACCUUUUUGAUCGUUUAUGUUGCCAGCUAUGCUCUUGGUCUCGGCUAUAUCCCUUGGUUAGCUCAAUCAGAAAUGUUUCCUAUGUCUAUACGUGGUAAAGCCAAUGGUGUUGCCACUGCCGUCAAUUGGAUCUGUAAUUUGAUCGUGUCUACUACUUUCUUAUCCAUGACUGAAGCUAUGACUACAGCGGGCACUUUUUGGUUUUAUGCUGGUAUAUCUAUUGUGUUAUGGGCUUUCUUGAUUCGAUUAAUGCCUGAGACAUCUGGAAAGACGCUAGAAGAGAUCCAUGAAUACUUCCUCAAAAUUUAG